AUGCCAUCUUCUCCCUCGCUCGGGUGGCAGAAGCUCCAGAACGUGUACUAUAGCAUCCGGCCCUGCUACGAUGGCUUGAGCUGGUCAAUUGAUAACCUCUAUUCCAACUUCAAGGUAGCGAUUUCCACCAGAGCCACUAUACUAGCAUUAUCUUCCAAAUUCGUGGCCCAUCCCAACAUUAUUGACGUCUACUCUAUCAGCGGAAACAAGCUCUGGUCAAUUGCUUACAACAGCCGGCCCGAGGAUCACAUUGUAGACUAUGUGUUUCGUAACGAAGACUUGUGUCUUGUCUUGAGCAAUGGCAGAUUCAGAUAUUACAACAACUUCAAGGGCAACUUCAUUGAGUACUCGUAUAUUAAAGAUUUGGUUAUUCUCGACAAUGUGGGCUCCACCUUCAAUCUGGAAGCCUCUGAUGUCGGUGUCCAUGGCUCCGAUGUGGCCCGGCUGUAUCUCAUCACCAACUUGGAGAAUAACGAAAGUGAAGAAAUCAUCAAGGUUCUAGAAGUCAAAACCUGGAAACAAUAUUUGAUUGUCAGAUUGACUAGUAAGAUUAUUCUCACGAAUUUGGACACCUUGACCAAUUAUGAGAUCCCAUUAAAUACUGUAGACCCCCUUAAGAUCCAUGGGUUUUCAGUUGUGGAUGGCCCCGAUAGCUCUUUAGUAUUGCUCACCAGUUAUGAAUCGACCAUUCUCACAUUUAAGGUAGACCUAGGUUUGACCAGUUACGAGCUCAAUGACGAGGGUCUCACUGAGGGCCCCUUCACAAGCAUACGAGCCUCAUCCAACGGCCAAUUGAUCUCGUUGUACAAUGUAAAAAGUUCCAAGAUAUAUGUGAUAAGCAACACAUUCGACCAGGUACUCUUGGAGUACGGUACCAGCAACGAAUCAAGCUCACCGUACCAGAUAGAAUGGUGUGGAAACGAUGCCAUCAUAUUGUCCUUCAAAGAUGAAAUCAAGUUGAUUGGUCCAGACCAACAAUCAAUUUCUUUCUUCUACGAUAUUGUUGAUGAAGAAGAGUUUGAUUUGGACCAGCUUCUUCGUCCUGGCCUAGAUGACCUCUCCUUCACAAUUCCUAUUCUCAAAUCUGAGCCUGAUGGCCUCAAAAUUUUCACCACCAAUAAAGUUGAAUUCCUUAGUAGAGUUCCACAAUGUAGUAUAAAUCUCUAUCAAAUAGGGUCAGCUCAUCCCAGCAGCAUACUUCUUGAUUGUAUAGAUAAACUCAAUCAUCAUUCUUCGAAAGCAGAUACAAGCAUAUCACUCUUGAAGUCAGAUGGUACCCUCUACGCUGCCAUGAGUGAGUGUUUGGAAGUAGCCCAGGAUGAGUUCGUACCAGUUUGGCAAAAGAAAAUCCUUCGAGCUGUCUCUUUUGGCAAGGCUUACUUUGAUGGAUAUUAUAAUGCCGAUGAGUUUCUCUCGGUUUUGAAUAACAUCAAGGUCUUGAACCAAUUGCGAUCUCCGGAGUUGGGGAUCUUUUUGACUUACCAAGAAGUCGUUCAGGCUGGGUGGAAAGAGAUUAUAACCAUGUUGUUGAAGCGAGACCAGUAUCUUCUUGCGUUGAGGAUAAUUGAAUUGUUGAAAUUAGACAACUACAAGGAAUUUGUCUACUCUGACUGGUGUUGUUCCAAAAUUCGUAAGGAGCUCAACAUGUCGGAUAUCGAUUUGUUCAAAAUCGUAGCAAAGAAACUCAUAUCGCUUACCGAUGAUAACAGAAACUACAUUUCUGUUCAAGCUAUUUCUGAGGUAGCUCAUGAGGAGGGAAGAAUCAAUCUUUGUAAAUUGUUGGUGAAUUUAGAACCCUCGAUUGAGAAGAAGAUCCAACAGUUCUUACAAUUUGAAGAAGUUGAACUUGCCUUGCUCAAGGCUUUUCAAACUGGCGACUAUGAUAUAGCUAAGAUCAUAUUGUUGCAUUUGCGGGACACUCUUUCCAUUUCCCAAUUUUUCAGGGUGUUAAAUCAGAACGAACAAACAGAAUCCAUCACCGAUCUUUCGACUGAAGAACUAAACAAAUUGGAUAUCACCAUUCCGUCAGAGAAGCUUUCCAUCAGUGGUGACUUGAUUGGGAAUUUCUGGGUUAACUCUGCUGGCAAGUUCGAUUCUAAGAUGCUUUCAACCUAUUACAAACAAGAAGACAAAAAUAAUGAACUCAAUACGUUUAAAUUGAAAGUUUAUUUGAGUGGAAACAAAGAUUCUCAAGCUGACGAAUAUUACGAAAACUAUAAAGCCAAGUUGCAGAAGUCCUUGAGUACCAGUAAUACCAAGAGGGUCAAUCGCUUGUUUCAAAGAGAACUCGAAGUUUUGGAAUUGCAAAAGAAGCUCGGAGAAAUCUACCUCACACAGUUCUAUGGCGAAAGGUCUUUGAAUUCCAUCUUGGUCAGACUUAUUAAAUUGAACCAACUUAAAAUGGCAUCGAAAGUAGUGAAGGACUUCAAGAUUACCCAGGAGAAGUACUGGUAUUUGGUGUUGAAUACCUAUUCACAAUUGAAAGAAUUUGAUCGAUUAUACGAAUUUGCAGUGGGAAUGGAUCAGGCUGAUAGCAGUAGCCUAAGGUCUCCCAUUGGGUUUGAGCCAUUCGUGGAUGCCUCGUUUGCUAAUGGUGCCCCUAAAGAUCAUAUCUCUACGUAUAUCCGAAACUCCAAUCUCAAGUACACUGACAAGGUGAAGAACUAUCUCAAGAAUGGGGAUUUGAAAUCGGCGGCACAAGAAGGUUUCAAAAACAAGGACAUUGAUGUCUUGAGAAGUUUGCUAGAAGCAACCUCCGAUACAGAUGAAGAAACGAACAAGGUCAUUAAGUCGUAUAUUACAAAACUCGGUUACUAGGUUUUAUAGUUUAUACUUAUAAUACAAUAGGAUAAUUCCAGC